AUGAGUACGCGAAAGGGCGGCGACUAUCGCCGUAAAGGCUCAUCUCGGAAGGAGCUGGCCCGAAACCAGUAUGCGGCAAGCCUGCGCCACAUUCAGCUCUCGCAAUCAGUGGCUGUCGCCGACGCCACCGCCGGCGGGCGAGCUGGCUCUGCGCGCACAGAGCUAAUGCCGCUGGCACCGCGUACCGAAGCGCUCGCGGCGUCCGAGCCAGGGAAAGCGGCAUCCGAGCCUCAAGGGGCAGCGUUCGCGACGGAGGCGGAGGGGUUGCGUCUGCACCUCUCCAGCAGCAGCAACACCGGCUACCAAGGAGUGUAUAACCUCGCCUCUGGCCGCUUCGAGGCAAAGCGCAAGGUGGACGGAAGGACGGUACACCUCGGCUACUUCGCCACGGCGGUGGAGGCGGCGGUGGCGUACGCGCGGGCCAUGAGCGAGGCUUCGGCAGUGGCGGCCUCAGCAUCCAAGAGCGCGCCGCCCGCCGAGCCUGCCGGCGAGACGAUUCUCUGCGGCCGCACGCACGAGCGCGACGGCGGCGCCAUUGGAUGCGUCCUGCCUGCUGGCCACGCUGGGCAGCACGCCUUCACUCUGCAGGGCAAGCGGGCUCGCUGCGUAAAGCGCCCGUUCGACCCGACCGAUGUCGAGGCGGAGGAGCGCAGCAAGGGCGCUUCGAGACAGGACGGCGAAGAGUCGGAGGUGGAGGUGGAGGCGGCGGCAGGAAAGGCGGCGCUAGCAGGCUCGGAGGCCAUGUCUAGCCAGGAGGCUCCGGUGGCGGAGGCGGAGGGUUUGCGCCUGCACCUCUCCAGCAGCAGCACCGGCUACUUAGCCGUGUACGAGCAGUCUGGCCGCUUCCAGGCGCAGCACAGGGUGGACGGCAGGCACGUCUACGUCGGCCUAUUCGACACAGCAGUGGAGGCGGCGGUGGCGUAUGCGAAGGCGGUCGGCGAGUACCAGCCUCCGACAGUGGCGACAGAGGCGGAGGGCUUGCGCUUGCACCUGUCGAGCCGCAGCAGCACCGGCUACAGGGGCGUGUACGAGCACUCUGGCCGUUUCGCGGCGAACCACAGCUUGCUGCCCGAGCAUUUGCCGCACCAGCGGGCGCUCUGCCCGCUUCACCCCUUCCAUGCGGCCGAGGGGCCGGUCGCGGCGCCGGUCGAUGGCAACGAGGCGGCCUGCCCCAACUGCUAUUGCCUCAUCUGCGACGCGCGCGUGUCCGAAUGCGGUCACUGGCGGGGCGGCGACGCGCCGGCGCACUGCAAUGCGCACAGCAACAGCGCAUUGUGGCGCCAAAAGCGCGUCAAUGCGAAGCGGCAGCGCACGCGCGCGGUGCGGGCAGCGCAGGCGUUGGUCGACCCGCAGCCAGCGAUGCCUUUUCGAUCCGGUCUGAGGAGCGGGCUUGGGUGA